UUGGCAGCGGCCCUGCAGCCAUUUCCGGUUUCGGAGAGGUGGGUGCGGUGCGGAGCGGGAGUUGGCGCCGCCGCCGCCUCCAGAGCCUGUCCUGCUGCCGGGUGCUGCCGGGAGGAUGCGGCCGGAGCCGGGAGGCUGCUGCUGCCGCCGCCCGAUGCGGGCGAACGGCUGCGUCAAGAACGGGGAAGUGAGGAACGGGUACUUGAGGAGCAGCACCGCCACCGUCGCGGCUGCCGGCCAGAUUCAUCAUGUUACAGAAAACGGAGGACUGUACAAAAGACCGUUUAAUGAAGCGUUUGAAGAAACACCCAUGCUGGUUGCUGUGCUCACAUAUGUGGGCUAUGGCGUACUCACCCUCUUUGGAUAUCUUCGAGAUUUCUUGAGGCAUUGGAGAAUUGAAAAGUGCCACCAUGCAACAGAAAGAGAAGAACAAAAGGACUUUGUGUCCUUGUAUCAGGAUUUUGAAAACUUCUAUACAAGGAACCUCUACAUGAGAAUCAGAGACAACUGGAAUCGACCUAUCUGUAGUGUGCCUGGAGCCAAGGUGGAUAUCAUGGAGAGAAAAUCUCAUGACUAUAACUGGUCAUUCAAGUACACAGGGAAUAUAAUUAAAGGUGUAAUAAACAUGGGUUCCUACAACUAUCUUGGAUUUGCGAGGAACACUGGAUCAUGUCAGGAAGCAGCUGCUGAAGUUCUCAAGGAGUAUGGAGCAGGGGUGUGCAGCACUCGUCAGGAAAUUGGAAACCUGGACAAGCAUGAAGAGCUAGAGAAACUGGUAGCAAGGUUCUUAGGUGUGGAAGCUGCUAUGAUCUAUGGCAUGGGAUUUGCGACAAAUUCAAUGAACAUUCCUGCUCUUGUUGGCAAAGGUUGCCUGAUUCUGAGUGAUGAGCUGAACCAUGCGUCACUGGUGCUAGGAGCCAGACUGUCAGGAGCAACCAUUCGAAUCUUCAAACACAACAAUAUGCAAAGCUUGGAGAAGCUUUUAAAAGAUGCCAUUGUUUAUGGUCAGCCUCGGACAAGAAGACCCUGGAAGAAAAUCUUAAUCCUUGUGGAAGGCAUAUAUAGCAUGGAGGGGUCUAUUGUUCGCCUUCCUGAAGUGAUCGCUCUCAAGAAGAAAUACAAGGCAUACUUGUAUCUGGAUGAGGCUCACAGCAUUGGGGCUCUUGGCCCUUCAGGGAGAGGUGUGGUAGAUUACUUUGGCCUGGAUCCUGAGGAUGUAGAUGUUAUGAUGGGAACAUUCACAAAGAGCUUCGGUGCUUCGGGAGGAUACAUCGGAGGCAAGAAGGUAAAAACCAAAGAAAAGUUUCUAAAAGAUGAAGAAAUAGCACAAAACAAAAAGACCCCUGGAGAAUAUGGUGGCUGCUUUCUAGGUGUUGACAGCAAAGAAUGUAUACAACAGUUGGCUGAGAACACCAGGUAUUUCAGGAGACGCCUGAAGGAAAUGGGGUUCAUCAUCUAUGGCAAUGAAGAUUCCCCCGUGGUGCCUUUGAUGCUGUACAUGCCGGCCAAAAUCGGCGCCUUUGGAAGAGAGAUGCUGAAGCGGAACAUUGGUGUGGUUGUGGUGGGAUUCCCUGCUACCCCGAUCAUUGAGUCCAGAGCCAGAUUUUGCCUGUCAGCAGCUCAUACCAAAGAAAUACUUGACACGGCUUUGAAGGAGAUAGAUGAAGUUGGGGAUCUGCUGCAGCUAAAGUACUCUCGCCACCGGCUGGUGCCUCUCCUGGACAGGCCCUUCGAUGAGACUACCUAUGAGGAGACAGAAGACUGAGCCUUUCUGGUGCUCCCUAGAGGGAGAUAAUUCCUCCCAGGACUGUGUGUGGCCUUUCUGAGCCAAUUCCAGGAACCACACUUCAGUGAUCACUUCAUGUGAAAGACAUUUCCGAAGCUACUGAAGGUGGCCACCUUCACUCCAAAUGGCAUUUUGUAAAUAGUAAAAAAACAAACUGCUUCACAUUCUUUCUCUGUUUGCUAAGUCAUACACACACACACACACAUACACACACAUACAUGAUUACUUUGUCCAUUAAAAAAUGUUUUAUUUUAUAACUAUUCUACUUGUGAAAUCACGCUGACCUUUGCCUGUGGCUUCUGGAACAGGCAUUCCCUGCUGCAGUCACCUCAUAGGCUUGGAUCCAUCAAGACCUACUUCAGGCCCCAGCUCUCCAACUGUGAGACUCACUGGCCCUCUCCCUAGGGAGCAAGUGCCUUCUGCUGACUUUCUGCCCAGGUCUCAGAGGUUGCCGCCCCCCCCCCCCCC